CUUACUUUGAGUUCAUUGUAAUUAAUAUUUUUGAGGUUUUCAUUUUAAUCAUUUAUAAAAUGUAUUAUUUAUUUAUGCUCUUAUUUUUCUAUCUUUAAAGUGAUUUUUUCUUUUAUUAUAUUCCAUAAUGACAGAAAUAUAAAAUGCAUCAAGAUGUAAUGACCCAUAAUGUUUACAAUACAAGUAAAUGAAUGGCGAAAACAUUUUUGUAUUAUUCAGAAAACCUUCAUUUGGAAAUGCCGCGACCUGUGCACUUUGUACGAAAAUGCAGUGAUGAGUGAAGAUGCAAAGAAACAAUUUUAUAAGACUACUCCGUUGAUUAUUACAUUUGGCAGUGCCGUCUUAUCAGAAUUUGAUAUAAAUAGUUUCAUUGAAUUGGGACAACGAAUAAUGAGAUUCAAGAUGAAUGCUCUAACAGAAAGAGAAAAAUUUAAAUUACUUAGUUUAUUAGAUAAAGCUCUUCAAUGGUGCUGUGUGAAAUAUAAUAUCUCCACUUGGCCCUUAGCACUUGCUGCUGAUAUUCCUAACUCUAUUAUAAAAACAGGAUUUAUUGAAAACAAAAAUGAAAACCCUAAUGGUGUGACGUUAGAAAAGAAUUCUAUUGUAGAAGUUACAUGCGAGAACAGUUAUGAAAAUCAGUGCAAUGCAAAACGAAUUUUCAUAGAUGAUAGUUACAUCGUGUCCGAUAUUUUGCCAAACACUGAAAUUACUAUAAACUUCGGAGACAUAAAAAUGAAAUGUAUUGAAAAUAUUAAUGAAAAGAAUAUUAGAUGCAAAGUUACGUCUGAAGGUCAAUUGAUAGAUCAAUCCUUUUUUUGUGUUCGUGGUGUCAUUCACAGGAAACCAUGUUUAAAUGACACUGAUUUGGAGAUAAUUAAGUUUGCCAAAAAGUUAAAGUUUGAUAUAAUAACGUUGAAUUUAGUCCGUAAUGCCAGUACAGUUAAACAAGUAAGAAAGUUGACUGCAAAGCAAAAACCGUUGCUAAUAAGCGCCAUAUGUGAACAAGAGGGCUUGGAUAACAUUGAUAGCAUUAUCAAGGAAUCUGAUGGCAUUAUUCUGGCUGGCGAAUAUCUUGAACACGAAAUAAAAGACAAAUAUAAAAUAAUCAGUAUACAAUUGAAUGUUACAGCUAAGUGUCGUAUGUUCGGUAAACCAUUAUACCUAUCUGGAGACAUUUUGCAAAAUACUUUAGACACAGGUGAAAUGACAUCGAUGGAUAUAAAUAAUAUCACUAAUGCAAUACUGCACAAGUCAGGUUUCGUCCUACGAUCUUUCAAAAACCCUGACACUUUAACUGUUGCUUUGCGUACACUGCACGAUAUCUGCAGUGUGGUCGAGCCUUUAUCCCGAAUUAACGAUAACUUUAUGAGCAUAUGUCAACAGCACAAACAGCCAGUCACUGCUGCUCUAGCUGCUACUCAGGGCGCAAUUUUAUUGGCAAAGUUAACUCAUUCUCUGGUCAUUGUUGUACCCACUGUGUCUGGUAGGACAGUAAAGCAGCUCACAAGCAUAUCAGUUGACAAGAUCAUUAUUGCUAUCACUUCAAGUCCAAUGGUUGCCAAGCAGUUGCAGCUCUAUAAAGGAGUUCUUGCUAUACUAUAUGACAAGAAACAUUUAAGGGGCUGGCAGAAUGAAAUGGAGGCUCGUAUAAAAUUCGCUGUCGAGUAUGGAUUGAAAUUUCAAGUAUUGAACCAUGGAGAUCCUUAUGUAGUACUCAGAAAAGCGUUUCAAACUAGUUCUUAUUGUGACAAAGUUAGCGCACGUGUUGCUAUGUCGGAUGAUGAUCUACAUUUAAUGGAAUACAAGAGAAAGAAAGACCUUGAACAACGCCAUAUUCGUUAUCCCCCUGAGGAGUGGAAUUCAUUACAAAAGUCUGUGAAAGUGACAAGCUUGAAACUGUUAUCGUCGAUUUUUUUGUAUAAUAUGGACGAAUUAGCAGACAAACUUGAGUAUGAGCAUAUUGAUAUUACAGAUCCGAAGCAUGUCCUAGAACCGUCGUAUUCACGUAGAAGAAGCCUCAUAAUGGUAACCUUUGCUGAUCCAGAAAUGCCAUCUGUCGAUAUUGAAAAAGCAAUUGAAAUGGGUAUGAACGUAGCCCGACUGAAAACAUCCCACUUUACCAUGCAUGAUAAAGCUAAAAUGCUUAAUAAUAUUGAAAAGGCUUCAUCAUUCUUAGCGAAAAAACAUGGACUUCUUCAAUUUCCUUGUGCCACUUGCAUCGAACUGAAGACAUGCGUGGUACAAACUGGACUUCUAGAGGAGGAAUUGGCUGAAUUAUGGAUUGAGGAAAACUCAGAAGUAUUUUUGACUAAUAGAAUUACACAUUAUGACAAAUGUAAUGAAUCACAAAUAUUCGUUGAUGAUCCGUUUUUAGUAUCUGACGUCAAAAUAGGAAUGGAAAUAAAUAUAUCCCAAGAAGAAAUAAUUAUGGUGUGUGUAUCCAAGGGUGAGCAUUCAGUAAAAUGCACUGUCACUAAAGGUGGAUAUUUGAGAAACAUGGCGUAUGUGUGCAUGAGGGGCGCUGUACGAAAACGGCCAUAUCUUUCGAAAAAAGAUGCUCAACUAAUUAAAUUUGCUAUAGAAUAUCAAGCGGAUAUGAUAAUUAUAAACUAUCCAAGGCACGCUGCAACAAUCAAUAAAAUAAAGAAAUAUCUUGGAACGAAAGUUAGGAGACCAAUCCUUAUUGCUGGGAUUUCCACCCAAGAAGGAUUGAUGAAUAUAGACGACUUUGUUAAAGAAGCCGAUGGAAUUUUACUUUCAAGAGAGUUUUUGGCUUAUGAAGUGGAAACAGCAUUGUACAACCGUAUGGGUGCUAUACAAAAACUUAUCGCUGGAAAAUGCCGUCAGGCAGGUAAACCAUUUUACGUUUCUGGUGGAAUAUUUGAAGAAGCGCUCACUUCUGGAAUAAUAACAACUCGAGAUAUAUCUGAUGUGACCAACGCCAUCUUGGAAGGGGCUUCUGGUGUCUGUCUGAGCGAAACACCAAACUCAUAUAAUUUGUGUGAAACGAUAAAUAUGUUGAACGAACUGUGUGCCAGUGUGGAACCUCUUUGUAUGGACAAAACAGACUUUUGUGAUCUUGUGUCUCAGAUUAAAAUGCCUGUAAAUGCAGCCGAAGCUUGUGCUAUAUCAUGCGCUACAGUUGCAAACCAGACAAAUGCUCGUCUCAUAAUAGUACCUACUGUUAGUGGCCGCACUGCUUACCUUUUGAACUGGAUGAGGCCUAACAGCACUGUGAUUGCAGUCAGCACUAAAAUGACGACUAUAAAGCUACUCAAAACCUUCCGAAGUGUCGUACCUCUUUAUUAUAAAGGUGGAUCCAAAAAAACAUGGUUUCAAACUGUGCAAGCUCGGAUCGUUUUUGCACUUGAGUAUGCUGUUGAACAACAUUGGAUUUUGUAUGGUGACCACUACAUCACUUUGGAAAAGAUGACUGAAGGAAGCUCGUUUUGUGAUACCGUUAGAGUUUGGAAUGUCACACUAUCCAAGAAAAACUCAAUCGAGUGUCCCGAAUCUUAUCAUGAUUUCAACAUAAAUACGUACAAGAAAAAGAAACACAAGCCUCGCAGUGAACGAAAAAAAGUCAAAGUAACUGAAGUUAAGAAAACCGAAGAAGAUAGUGAAGUGAAAAGUGAGAAAAUGGAAACAACUGAAGAUCAAGAGAAAGGAGAAUCUGAAGAAGUUAAAACAGAAGCCAAAGAUAAAGAAAGCGAAGAUAAAGAAAAACAAGAUGGCGAUAAAAGUGAAACUGUGAAAGGUGAUAAAAGUGAAAUUAAUAAUAAUGAAGGUGAUCAGUGAAAGUGAAAGUGCAAA